AUGAAGUUGUCCUCUGAGCAUCAAGCCAUAUAUGGGAAGCUAAUCGAGGACUUCGUGCAGCGACAAUGGUGGUGGAGCGAGCAGGACAUUCCUGACAGCAUGGAGGGCCGUCAGCGUCUACCAGAAAGUCCUUGUUUCCUCACGCAGUUAACGAGGAAGCCAAGGUUGGUGGUGGACUGCAGGGCCGUGAAUGCGGCUUUGGGUCGGGCUAGUUCAUUGAAGAUCAAGGUCACUGCUCAGCUCCUAUCUAUUCGUGCGGAGGGAAGCAGCUGUCUUCUCACGGCCGAUGUUCAGCAGGCAUUCUAUCGAUGCAGGGUGACCAAUUACCUGAUCCCUCUACUCACUGCUGUAGGCCUCUACUUCUCAUCGAGGGUCAUAUUUGGCCUGAAUGGGGGAGCAGGCAUUCUACAGAUCGGUCUUGGGGAAAUAGUAGAUAAGGCGGUUCGCAGCUUCGCAAAUGUGAAGUGGGUGCAGAAAGCCUUCUCUAGUCAUCUCUACAUGGACGAUUGGACAGCACAUGGCUCUGACGUGUUGACCAUCCUGCACCUCUUUGCCCUGACCAUCUACUGUAUGCUAUUAUUCGGCUUUGCGAGCCAGUUAGCAAAAGUGGGAGCCCUUAUUCAGCCUAAGGAUCGAGCACUCUUCGAUUCGGUAUGUGCUAAUCUUCAGAUGAACAUCCCAGUGCUAGAGGAGGUAAGUCUACUUGGGGUUGGAGUCCGAUUGGCCGACGAUGAGAUCGAGAUCGAUUGUCGUAGGCUAGCGAAGCGGUCCCAAAUACAGAUAUUCUUGGGAGAUAGCCAUCCCACGAAGAAGAAGGCCUUCUCUGUAGCGGGCGUCAUGGUCGGCUGUAUAUGA